AGUUUCCAAUACCUAUACUACAGAGCAGAAUGGGUCAACAAAUUCUGUGGCUUUUCCCCGUGAUCAUAAUGCUGUAUGUGGAAUUUUCGAGCGGUCAGAAGGCAAAGUGUGACAAGAGACCCACGGUGACGGGGUCCUGUAAGGACUAUAAAGUACGGUGGUUCUACUCCAGCAGCCUCAAGGAGUGCAUAAUGUUCCAUUGGGGCGGCUGCGAUCGAACGGAGAAUCUCUUCGAAAACGGCGAGGAAUGCGAAGCUUAUUGCAUGGGCCUUGGUGAGGUAAAGUCCGCAGUGUAAAUCGGAAAUCCAACCUUUGCACUGCCAAAACAAUCAAAACCAAAGGAAAAUUCGGAAAGAAUCUAAAAUGAAAUUUGAGUUUGGGACUAUUGUUGUUCUGCUUUUGUUUGUGGUCGGUGUUUGGGCCUACAAUACGCGGAAAUGCGAUGACAAGCCCAGUCAAACUGGACCCUGCAAGGCCUCGUUUCAAAUGUGGCGCUUCAUCAAGGAGCGGCUGAAGUGCGAGUCCUUUACCUACGGCGGAUGUUUGUCCACAAAGAACAUAUUCGAACUGGAGUCGGACUGCAAGGGGCAGUGCCUGAGCUCGGGUUCAAAUUGAAAUAUAAACAUUUAAUGCCCACUGACGGCGGUCGUCCGUCGUAUUCCACAAAAUAAAAGUUUUUAGCUGCCAUAAA